CGUGUUUGUUUACAUAGUCCAAUAAAAUGCAACUUCUCAGAAGUUGAAGUCUGAACUGAGAGUAGGGUGUAGUUUUAAACUCACAAUAAAAGAAAUCGUCUACUAGAAACAAUUUUGAUGUUUUGCAACAGAGAACAAUGAUUAAUACGGCAGAGGUCAUGCUACAUUUCUGAACACAACAUAUAUCAGAGAUAAAAUCUUUAACCAAUAUCAAAAUGGCGAUGGCACGGGAGUCUACUGGUAAACGAAGGAGCUGCAUGCAGUUUGCAGACUGUGAGGACAGGACUACAGAACACAGGAAUCAGUUCAUACACAGUUCAGACAUACCUCCUUUUAUAGACUAUAGUGAUCGCCCCCCAUGUUGGUACUGGGAGACUUGCUAUAGGCAUGAAGGCACAGAACAUAUGACAAAAUAUCUUCAUCCCUGGGAGCUAGAAAACAGCUCAAUGUCAAGCUUGCCUAAAGAAGAAAGCCAACAACUGAGAGAUGCAUUAAACCAGUACUAUGAUAAAAAGGUCAAGAUACCACAUGAUGAGAUGGAAAGAAACAAGGCAAUUGUAGAAAAGGUAAAGAUGAUGAUAAAAGAUUAUUUUACAAAGAA